CACACACAGAGAGGAAAACGGGAGAGGAAGGAAGUCGCAUCACGGGGGCGGUCACAUCCAAGGUUCCCGCGGCGGAAGUCGCCGGCGACGAGAUGCUCGUGGAUGCCCGUGGCGAGAUGCCUGGCGGCGCCCCUCCAGAGUCCUCGCUCCCCACUGAUGAGUGUCUGAUGGAUGCCCGCAAGCAGACUGAAGACGAGAUCGAAAGUAAAACCGAGGCCUCCUUGAAAGAAGGGUUAGGUCAACAGCUUAAAACUAUCAUAUGAAGAAGAGUAGAGAUUUAACAAGAGAUUGCUUGAACAGUGUGCCACACCCAGGUACAAAUAUUGAAGAUGAAGAAGGGAAGCCUGGGAAUGAUAGGAAUGAAGAAGGGAGACAUCAGUGUGUGGAAGAUACUGAUUUAGAUGAGAGAGGCUAUGAUGUCGAGAUCACCGACACUGAAGCAUCAGACGAUUUGCUGUAUGAAGAAGUUCUGACGGUGCUGACUAAAAGUGCUUGAAGGAAAGAACAUCGGAAAGCUGUUUUGGAAUGAAAAAAGAAGCAGAGAGCAAGGAUUGACCCAAACACAAUCAAAGCCACAAUUGAUGAGAUUGCGACCAAAGCUUACAACCGGUGUAGCAUGCCAUACUUCUCCGAGAUUGUCAGUUUCAUGUGUAAGAGCCACCAUAGGGUCCAGCUUGUUAGGAACAGCGGUUUCGGAUAUCUGUUGGAGCUGGUUGACUAUACUGUACCCAGGGGGUUUGUGCAGUGGAUCGCUGACAAUGUUGACACAAAAGCAGAAGCAAUUGUUUUCAACAAGAAGAGCAUUCCAUGAAUGCUCAGUCAGUGGAGUUUGUGUUGGGGAUUCCUUCAAGGGAAACAAUCAUAAACACUAAAGAAGAAGAGGCUGGCAAACAAGCUUUUCUUGCGCUUUUUGGGUUGACAGAAGUCCCAACAAUCAAAUUCUUUGGCAAUAAGCUGAUGAACGAAGAUAUGUCUGACGACCAGAUCAUCCGUUGUUUCCUGGUUGUGGCAUUAUCAACAUUCCUCUGCCCAACAUCAAGCACUAAACCAAGCACCAAAUAUAUGGGAGCUCUAGUUAAUGUGGAGCAACUCAAGCAACUAAAUUGGUGCAUGUUUGUUCACGAUUGGGAGUUGAUGUAUAUAAAGAAAUACCAAAAGGAAAAGCUGAAGCAGAACCGAACAAUGAUGACUCUAGGAGGAUGUAUAUACCACCUAGCAGUAUGUUGCCUUGAUUUUACUGAUUUUCGCUCAAUUCAAAUCCCAUCUUUGAUGCCCAGGAUAUGUGUUUGGAAGGGAGAUAUGGUCAAGCAUUUAAGUAACAUGACCAUUGGAAGAGAUGGAAAGUAUGGAUGUCUGACAAUAAAAGAAGUAUCAGAAACCUGCUAUAAGGAUGGAACUUUUGAGUGGGCAAGUACGAUUAAGAAUUCAAAUUUCAGGAAAGCGAUAAACAAUGUUGCAGGGAAUUCUUUGUCUGACAAGGUCAAAGAGGAUAUCUUCCUCGCUUACGAAAACCAUAUGAAGAAUGAAGACCUAAAUACUUGCAUCAAAGCUAAAGGGCUUCUUCUAGACACGAUCCGCAUCAUAACCAAUGCCUCUGGUGAAUCAGGUGAUACAGUUAAAGUGGGCUCAACAGGAACUGAAUUGAAUGCAAGCCAACAAUCCAACAACUCAGGAGACACUGUCAAACUACAAUCGACUGAACUUCAAGAGGAAAAUGACAGAGGGCAUCUGGUGCAAAGGAAAAGAAGGAAAACGAAUGUUCUAUCAACUAGCCAACAGUCUGCUGGUUCUUCUGUAUCAAAAACAAAUGCUGGAAAAGGGAGCACAAAUGAAGCUGAUGGGUUUUGUAGCAGCCCUCCUAAAGUCCAUGAAAUAGGCAAGCUGAAGUCUGACUCUGAAGCACAAUGUCAAAGAGAGCAUUCCUCAAAGGACCCCAUGACGGAAAUGUGUGCUCCAGCGACAUCAACUUUCGCUCCAGGAAACCAUGUAGAUGGAGGAGGAGGAUAGAUGCCCAAUCAAGCAGCGAACCACAUGAUCCCUGUUCAAUCAAGCACAAGAAGCCUUUGGAAGCUCUUUUGAAGGGUGACAAAAAAUCCCCUCAAAACAGAGUGAAGAAAAGGAUGAAGCCCACACUCUAGAUAAUCAACAAGAGAAAAGCAGCAGCCUCAACUACAUGCUUAUUGGAGAAGCAAAAGAGUGACAUGUUCAAAAUGUAGUAGAGAGUGCCAAGGAGGACAUCCCAACAGAGCUCAUUCAGUCCAAAAUAGUUUUCACGGAAUCAAAGCAAACAACAUUUUCUGGUUUUCAAAACACAUCAAUUCAGGAAUUGGACCCACAGAGGAAAACUUUUAGGGGGCGCCCGGAUAACCUGAGCAUAGACAUUAAUGUAAAAGCGCAACCAGAGAGUGGGACACAUACAGAUGAGGUUUUUGCAAGAGGCCAUAAAAUCAUUAGCGACUUUCUAGACAAGGCAAGAUAAAAAUACUUCUUCGCCAAUGAUAGCACCCCCUCAUUCAGGAUCUCUGAAGAUGUGGAUGAAUGUGGAAAUAUAAUCGAAGAACAUGAAUUGUGGAGGCCUGUAUGGAUGAAGGAUGAGUGUUACAA